AUGGAUUCUUCUGAGAAAAUGAAUAGCAUCAUCUAUAUGGAUCCUGUCUUGUACAAAGCUGCGGAAGAAGGCAAUAUCGAUCCCUUUGAGAAUUGUCAAACUUGCCUUGAUCAGUUAUUGACUCCAGACGAGAACACCAUUCUUCUUGUCUACUUAAGAAACCAAACGACGGUGCCGGAAUCCACUGAUUUCGUUUAUAAAAUUCUUGAAAGGUGUCCACCACUGUUAUUCCAAGCCAAUAAAAAAGGAGAAACCCCCCUGCAUUUGGCAGCAAGAUAUGGCCAUGCCAAUGUGGUAAAACUCCUCAUUGAACGUGCAGAAGGUCUACCUUCAGAUCCGGAGAGCAGAGUAACUAAAGCUAAAAUGAUGUUGAGGAUGACCAAUGGAGAGCGAGAUACAGCGUUGCACGAGGCAGCUCGAAAUAACCAGAGCCAUGUGGUGGAAAUAUUGACUAAAGAGGACCCUGAGUUUCCAUAUUCCGCCAAUGUUGAUGGAGAAACUCCACUUUAUAUUGCUGCUUCCAGUUGGGUUCAAGUACGUGAAAAGGUGAUCGAUGAAAUCCUAACUAAUUGCAUUUCAGCCAAACAUUAUAUUGCUGCUUCCAUUAUCCCGAAGUCGAGCGAAGAACGAGGAAAGGUAGUCGAUGGAAUCUUAGGAAAUUGCAUCUCAGUAGACUACGGCGGCCCUAAUGGUAGAACUGCUCUACACGCGGCAAGCGCGGUGGGAGAUGAUGAGACAGCAAGAAAAUUGUUAGAAAAAGAAAAGAAAUUGACAAAAACAACCGAUGAGAACGGCUGGUCACCACUUCACUACGCUGCCUAUUUCUCUACUAGGUUAAAUAUUUCAGUUGUGAAAGUAUUACUAGAAUAUGAUGCGUCCGCGGCCUACAUUGCUGAAACGAAGAAGAAGAGAACAGCACUUCACAUUGCUGCCAUUCAAGGACAUGUAGACGUAAUGAAAGAGAUUGUUUCUCGAUGUCCAGCUUGUUGUGAGGUAGUUGAUAACAGAGGUUGGAAUGCCCUUCACUAUGCUGUGGCAAGUAAAGAUAGAAAAGUAUUCGAGGAAUGUCUGAGGAUUCCUGAACUUGCAAGACUUCAAACCGAGAAGGAUGACAAAGGAAACACGCCCUUCCAUCUAAUUGCAGCUUUAGGGAACGAGAAGAAGCAAUGGAGACGUGUUUUAUAUAAAUAUUGUUAUAAUAAAAGGGAGGUAUGUGGUCUCAAUAAGCGAAAGCUAAGCGUCAAGGACAUAUAUUUCGGAGAUUUUGGAGAUUUUGGGGAGAUACAGGAAGAGAUCCUAGAAUCCCUUGAAGAUGUUCGCAGUGGACCGCUUGGCAGCCGGAUCAAGGUUUUGAAAGGACAGAAUGAAGAGGAAAAAGAAGCUAUGAGUAAAGCAAGAGAGUCUCAUCUAGUAGUUGCGGCGCUGAUAGCAACGGUAACAUUUGCAGCAGCAUUUACCCUACCUGGUGGUUACAAGAACGACCAAGGUCCAAAUGAAGGCACUGCAAUUUUAGUUAAAAAAGCUGCUUUUAUAGUAUUUGUCAUCUCAGAUGCAAUGUCAAUGGUGCUUUCUAUUUUAGCUGUUUUUAUCCACUUUUUAACGGCAUUUAUUCAAGGUUUCGAAAUGGAGAAGAAUAAAGAGAUAGAUGAGGAAACCAUUGAGAAAUUAUUUGGGGUUGCCACGUUGUUGACCAUGAUUGGCAUGGGUACAAUGAUUAUCGCAUUCAUCACGGGUACAUGCGCUGUUCUAGAACCUUCCUUGGGGCUUGCCAUCUGCACUUGUCUCAUUGGUAUGAACUUCUUCAUCCUUGGGAAUGUGGUGUGUGGGUUCAUUUACAAGGAUUUACGAGAUUAG